UUUAUCGUCUGGGUCUGGGUCUGGAAAAGAUCUUGGAUCUUGGUCUCGGCUUUCGGUUUCGUUUGUGUGUCUUGGUUUCGGUUUCGGUUUCAGUUUCGAAUUCAGUUCGUUGGCGCGUUCGCACGGAUCGAGUCGUGUGCACGGCUAAAGUCACUUAACUAAAAAAUAUAUACAUAUAUUAAAAUACAUAUACCAACCCAUUUGGUGGCCAAGAUAGGCUCGUCGCUCUUAUAUUCGGGUCAAUGCUGUGCUCUGCAUUGCCAACGUUAUGCUAAUUACCGAAAGGAUACAAAUCAUAGCAUACAUCAUCGGUUACAAUCUCUUUGGCAAGACUCCGUCGCACCGCUGGUGACAAAUUCCACGCCCGGUGACCAACCCGACAAAUAAGCGCUAGAAAUAAAAAGAUACAUAGCCAGGAGAAUAGCUAGCAACACAUAUAUAAAUAUAACGAAUAUAUUUAUUUAAUAUAUCACACAACAAAUUCGCAAAACGUGCCAAAUAUAAUUUAAAUCUAUUUAUUUUGUUUAACAAAGAGAUAAUAAGUCUAAAGUAUAUAUAAAUUAGUAAGUCGUUUAAUUUAAAUCCUAAUAAAAAGCCACAACAAAAGGAAGUUGCCGCAGGAGCAGCCGUUGGCUUCAUCAUGACGAAGCCAGAAAUGCUGAUUAGUUUAAUUUUAUGGUGCCUUUGCGCUUCCAGUCUGACACUACGUAUCCCCGAGGACCUUGAGAAUGCCGCCAUCAAUGCCCUGAGCUCCGAACGUGCCCGUUCCCUGACCCCCUGUGGAUCCUCCGCGGAGGCAGAGGGCAGUGUGGCCGGUGAAUAUGACGUUUGCCCGCCGAGCAAGUACCGCCAGCCAACAGCUGAGUGCAACAACGUCUCCCACCGGAAGUGGGGUGCCCGAGGAGAUAUCUUCCAGCGUCUGCUGGCUGCUGAUUAUGCCGAUGGUGUAAGCCAGCCGAGGACCUCCAAGGGAACCCAUGCUCUACCCGAUGCUGAGGUGGUGAUAGAGCAACUGCAGCGCCAUGUGGAAGGCGAGCUGCGCCACGCGCACAUCACUGCCAUGCUGCCCGCCUGGGGUCAACUGUUGGCCAAUGACCUGGUCGAGGUGGGACAGCUACCCAUUUCCGGAAAGUGCUGCGAGCGCGACUCCGCCGUCAAGGAUCCAAGCGAGCUGCAGCACUGCUUCGUUCGGGCGGGACCCGACUGCAAGGAGUACAAGCGUUCGGCACCAGGAUUCGAUUCGGAUGCGUGCCAGAAGCACACUCGCCAGCAGAUGAACAUUGCCUCGGCCUACAUUGAUGGCUCUGGACUGUAUGGCUCCACGCGCCAUGAAUUCGACCAGUUGCGCACCUACAUCAGUGGCGGAGUAAAGGUGGAGUCCUGCAAGUACUGCCAGGUGGCUGGAGCCACUGGAGCACUGCAUCGUGCUCUGCUGCAGCAGCACAACAACAUCGGCGAGCGGCUGUCGCACAUCAAUCCCGAUUGGUCCGAAGAAGACGUAUUCCUGGAGGCCAGACGCAUCAUCACGGCCACCAUUCAGCACAUCACCUACAACGAGUUCUUGCCUUUGGUCUUGGGACAGGAAACCACUGCCAAGGAGGGUCUGAGACUGACUGCCGAGAAGCACUCGAGCAACUACUCCAGCUCGGUGAGGGGAGGAAUCUACAAUGAGUUCGCAACCGCCGCCAUGCCCGCUUUCUGGAGCAUGUAUCCCCCAGAGAUGCUGGCCAAGAAGAUGUCCGCCCACGAGCUGCUGUCCAUUGCCGCCCUGCAAAAGUCACUGGUUCCGAGUCAAACGAAUGCCGAGGGUUGGUCCGAGUUGGCUCUGGCCGUACAUCGCGGUCGUGACCACGGAGUGGCAUCCUAUGUGCAUGCCCUUGAUCUCUGCGAGCGUCGAUUCGCCGACCAGAGCGCUGGCAAUGUGAGCUUCGAUACUUUAGCCCAGGUUUCCAACAUUCCCGAGGAGUACAUCACCAAUCUGCGUGACAUUUACCAAAACGCUAAGGAUGUUGACUUGUUGGUGGGUGCUCUUCUGGAAGAGCCUGUAGUUGGAGCGCUAUUUGGACCCACAAUUAGCUGCUUGCUGACCUUGCAAUUUGAGCAGCUGAAGCAGACCGAUCGUUUUUGGUACGAAAACGAGAUCCCGCCCUCGUCCUUCACUUUGGAUCAGCUGAAAAGCAUUCGCCAGACGACUCUGUCUGGAUUGCUGUGUGGUUCUCAUCAAGUGAGCACCGCCCAGUCCAAGGCUUUCAUUCUGGAGGACAACUACCUGAAUUCCAUUUUGGACUGCGACCAGCUGCCCAAGUUUGAUCUAAAACCCUGGCAAGUAAACCCUGAAGAUGAAGUGCAUGUGGAGCACGUUGAGGUGGAACCCGCGACUAAGGAAGCCAUUGCCGAACUGAGUCCCGAACUGAUCGAAGCUGCUGUAGAGCGUGCCAAGCAAGAAUUGGAGGAACGCAAGCGCUUCGAGUACGAAGUGUGGCGUACAAAGGGUGGUAUCAGCGCCAGAUCUCCCGACGGCACGGCUGCCUCCUUCAGCAAGGCCAAUUUGGCUGCCCUGAACUUGGCCAACUCGUCACUGAUCUUCGAGCUGACCUCCAACGAGAUUGUGAAGACCCUCAACCACAUAACCAGACGCAAGCGUCAGAUCUUCAAUCCUAACCAGAAUGCUUUUAAUCGCAACGAACUGACCGAUACCCUGCAAACGGUGGACAUAAGUGGACUACUUGGUGGUGCCCAGAAGCAACUGGACACAUGCCCGGAACCCAGUCAGCAGUGCGAUGCAAACUCGCCAUUCCGUACUCUUUCUGGCAGGUGCAACAAUCUGCGUAAUCCCAACUGGGGCAAGUCACUGACCACUUUCUCCCGUCUGCUGCCCGCUCAGUAUGAGGACGGCAUCUCGGCACCCAGAUUGACUGGAGUGACUGGCACCGCAUUGCCCAAUCCCAGAACAAUUUCCACCACCAUUCAUCCUGAUAUUUCCAACCUGCACACUCGCUACUCACUGAUGGUGAUGCAGUUCGCCCAGUUUGUCGACCACGAUUUGACUUUAACCCCGAUCCAUAAGGGUUUCCACGAGUCCAUUCCAAGUUGCCGACCUUGCAACUCCCGCCAGACGGUGCAUCCAGAAUGUAAUCCCUUCCCAGUGCCCGCUGGCGAUUUCUAUUAUCCCGAAGUGAAUGUGACCAGUGGCGAGCGUUUCUGCUUCCCCUCGAUGAGAUCGCUGCCUGGACAGCAAUCGCUGGGACCCCGUGAUCAGAUCAAUCAGAACACUCACUUCCUGGACGGCUCCAUGGUGUAUGGCGAGACCACUUGUCUAUCAAACAAACUUCGCGGUUUCUCCGGACGCAUGAACAGCACCCAAGUCAGAGGCAAGGAACUUCUGCCACUGGGACCCCAUCCCGAGUGCAAGUCCCGCAACGGUCUGUGCUUCCUUGGAGGCGAUGAUCGUGCUUCCGAGCAGCCAGGUCUGACUGCCAUUCACACCGCCUUCCUGCGUGAACACAACCGCAUUGUUGAGGGUCUGCGUGGAGUCAAUCCUCACUGGAAUGGAGAACAGCUCUUCCAUCAUGCCCGUAAAAUUGUCAGUGCCCAAGUGCAGCAUAUCGUGUUCAACGAGUUCCUGCCCCGCAUUCUCAGCUGGAAUGCCGUCAAUCUGUACGGUCUUAAGCUUCUGCCCCAGGGAUACUACAAGGACUACAACCCAUCGUGCUCUCCGAUUGUUUUCAACGAGUUCGCGGCAGCUGCCUUCCGUAUUGGUCACUCUCUGCUGCGUCCCCAUAUUCCUCGUCUGAGUGUCCAGCACCAGCCUGUGGAGCCGCCACUAUUGCUUCGUGAUGGUUUCUUCCGCAUGGAUGCCCUGCUGCAGCCUGGAAUCAUUGACGAAAUCCUGCGUGGUCUGGUGGCCACUCCAAUGGAGACCCUGGAUCAGUUCAUUACCGGCGAAGUGACCAACCAUUUGUUCGAGGACCGCAAGAUUCCUUUCUCUGGCAUUGAUUUGAUUGCCCUGAAUAUUCAGAGAGCCCGUGAUCAUGGAAUCCCCUCGUACAACAACUACCGAGCUCUUUGCAAUCUGAAACGCGCCACCAACUGGAACGACUUGAGCCGCGAGAUUCCCACCGAGGUCAUCAACCGGUUCCAGAAGGUCUACGCCAGCGUGGAUGACAUUGAUCUGUUCCCUGGUGCCAUGACUGAACGUCCGCUGCAAGGCGGUCUGGUUGGACCCACCUUGGCCUGCAUCAUUGGCAUCCAGUUCAGGCAGCUGCGCAAGUGCGAUCGCUUCUGGUACGAGAAUCAGAACCCAGAGGUCAAGUUUACGGAGGCUCAGCUGGCUGAGGUCCGUAAGGUGACGCUGGCCAAGAUCGUGUGCGAGAACCUGGAGAUCACCGGAGAUAUGCAGCGCGCUGCCUUCGAUUUGCCUAGCAAUUUCCUUAACCCACGUGUGCCUUGCGCCUCGAUGCCCCAGAUUGACCUGAACGCCUGGCGCGAAAAUGUCCAGGGUUGUCAGAUUGGCAACCGCAAUGUCCGUGUUGGAGAAUCUGCCUUCCCAUCACCCUGCACCAGUUGUGUCUGCUCCGCCGAGGGAGGUCAGUGUGCCUCUCUGCGCAUUACGGAUUGUGGCCAGCUGAUCCGGCAGUGGCCCAAGGAGGCCAUUCUCCGUGACGAGGUGUGCAACUCGCAGUGCGGCAUUUACUUGACCGGCCAGCAGGCCAGUGGCUUCAAUCCCCAACAGCGACAGGGUCAGGCUCAGCCACGUGUGACCCGUUCACGCAAUCAGAAUCUCUUCAAGUUCCCCGACCUCACGCCCUUCAUUGCUUCCCUGUAAGCUGGAGGGCACUUUCUCCUGCAAGGUGGAGGAGGGAGUGAAUCAUCAACUUUGGGUGCGGAGUAAGCAGAAGCUACAAAUAUUGAGACGCAUUUUGUAAAUAAAUCUUGCGUUUGUACAUAGGUUUCUUUGUUAAUUGCUUACCUAAAGACUUGUCAAUGCAUGUUGUACACGGCAUAAGAUACAAAACACUCGGCCGCAUCAUCAGACACUUUCUACUCGAAGUGUCCUAGUUAUAUCCUAAUUAAAAUUACACCAUAACUAUAAACAAACUAUAAUAAACGCUUUAUGUGAGUGAAAUAAUA